AUGGCCUUCUCAUCCUGGUUCUCCCAAACCUACCCUCCAGCACCUACAUUCAGCGAAGAUGAUAUCCCUCGUCAAAACGGAAAGGUCUUCAUGGUGACAGGCGGCAACGAUGGCGUUGGACUCGCCCUCAUCAAACUCCUCUACCCAACAGGCGCAACCAUCUACAUGGCCAGUCGCUCCCGCUCCCGCGCCAAAAAAGCCAUCUCAGAAAUAACAUCCACCGAUCCAUCCGGCACGGCGAGACUCAAAUUUCUCCACAUCGAUCUCGCCGAUCUCCCAACCGUCCACAGCGCAGCCGCGACCUUCUCCGCGCAAGAAGAACGAUUGGAUAUCCUAUGGAACAACGCCGGCGUGGCAGUCCAGCCCUUUGGCGCCAAGACUAAACAGGGAAUCGAAGUCCACAUGGGAGUAAACGUAGUCGCGCAUCUGCUUCUCGUCAAACUCCUGCUUCCGAAACUUAGAUUCGCGGCCGCCUCGUCGAGGAAGAAUGGUACGCGUGUCAUCUGGACGAGCUCGCAUUUAAUGGAACUCAAAGCGCCCGUCGGCGGUGUGAAUCUCGCGGAUGUUGAGAAUGGAGGCGUGAGAGAUGUACAGGUCAAUUACGGCGCCUCUAAAGCGGCUAAUUGGAUGGUAUCGCAUGAAUGUGGGCGUCGCUACGGACGGGACGGGAUUAUCAGCGUCUGUCAGAACCCGGGGAAUCUGACGACGAAGGUUUGGGAUGGACAGCCCUGGUGGGUUAUGUGCGUUGUGAAUACGUAUCUGCAUCCGCCGAAGAUGGGCGCGUACACGGAGUUGUUUGCGGGUUUCAGCGAGGAGAUUACGGAAAGGCAUCAGGGUGCGUAUGUUAUUCCUUGGGGACGGGUUCAGGAGGGGAAUCCUAGACGGGAUAUUUAUACGGCGCUGGAAGAGGGGAUGGGGAGGGUGUUGUGGGAGUGGUGUGAAAGGAAGAUUGAGGGGUGUUGUUGA